AUGCUGGUGACCUAUUUGGAAGCCAGCCGGGACCUUUGCGAGACGGACUCAAUUCUCUUUGGCGCCGCACUGGCAGUCUGCCGUAUUAUAGGCGCCAAACUUUCCACGACUGGACGCACUACUGGACAAAGUAGUGCUAUCCCAGCCUGGAGAACAAGAAUUGAAGAACGUAUCGCAAAGGCUAGGGCCCUCAUCGGCAGACUGAUAUGCUUCAGGUCAGGCAAUACCAGGCCAAGGAUUGUGCGCACCGUCAGGAUGGCGUUUGCUGGGACAAAUGUUAGUUUGUCCCAGCCGGAUAUAAUGCAAAAACUGACGGAGCGCAUAGACGACCUGAAGCAGAGAAUCGCUGCUUGGGGAAAGCGAAUUCGGCGAUAUACCGAGAGGUCGACACGGUUCAACCAGAAUCGUCUCUUCCAGAGUGAUCAGAAGAGGCUCUAUAAAUCAUUGGAGCGACCAAUGGUAAGUGGAACGGGCCCAGUACCGAAUCAGGCCGACACGGUCGCAUUCUGGCGCAGCCUGUGGUCAGAGCCCGUAAACCACAACGAGGGCCCUUGGACGGAAGUUGUGGCGAGUCAGUGUGCGGGUAUUACGCCCAUGGACCCCGUCACCAUAACGCCGGAUGACGUAGCUGAGGCGGUCCGUAGGGCCCCGAACUGGAAAAGUCCGGGACUCGACGGGCUGCAUCACUACUGGCUGAAGGGGUUCGUGGUGUGUCACACUGUGCUCGCCCGACAGUUUCAAGAGGUUCUCAACCAGAAGUCGCUCCCGAGCCUCUUCACUACUGGGAUCACCCAUUUGGUUCCUAAAGGCCAGAGUUCUACAAGAUAUAUGAGUGCAACAAUUCAGAAUGAAAUGAUUGAGAGCUUGGGGACCAAACUUGAAACCCAUCUACUAGAACAAAUUAGGGCGUUACCGUUUUUUGCCAGCAUAAUGGAUAUGACACAGGACAUAUCGAAGAUAGAUCAGCUAAGAAUUGUUGUGAGUGUAAUGAAUGACAUCAAACAUGCAUUUAAAACUUUACAAAAAUGCGACAUCAAUUUGGGCGGGGCAAGUAAAGCUUUAGCAGAGACCAAAACAAAGUUGCAAAUUUAUGGAAAUGAUUUCGAAUUAUUCAAGUGCAAAGCCAGUGAAACUGCAAUAAAAUAUGCACAACUCAGCCUCAUUUUAGCAAGGCCAGCCGAAAUGACUAUACUGAGUAAAGUUAUUGAUUUCAAGCAGAUGCAGAAUAUUACAACAGAUUUUAAUAGAUUAGGAGACAGGUGUUAUCUAGAUCAUGCAGGUGCUGCAUUGUAUCCACAAUCACUGCUCCAACAUGUUCAUGAUGAUUUACUCAAUAAUGUUUAUAUGAAUCCACAUACUGAUAGAUACACCAAAGAUUGUAUUGAGCAAAUCAGAUGUUUGGUCUUAAACCAUUUUCAUACAGAUCCAUCUAAAUAUUCUGUAGUAUUUACCUCGGGAGCAACACAAUCAUUAAAACUUACUGUGGAAGCAUUUGAUUUUGCAUCAAACACAAACGAUGGAUUAGACUGUGGAUCAUUUGUUUAUCUCAAUGAAAACCACACAUCAGUACUUGGUUUAAGAGAAAUAGCAGGGGAUAAGAAUGUAGAUAUUAUAAAUAUAUCUCAUGAGAAUUUUCUCAAAUCUAUUAAACAUACAGAGACUACUACAAAACCUACAGUUAAAGAUAAAACUGAUGGCAAUAUCCUUCUUGCAUAUCCAGCUUUAAGCAACUUCAACGGUUUUAAGUAUCCUAUAGAUUGUAUACAAAAUAUAAAAAAUGGGUGUUUGAACAGAUAUUUGAUGAAACAUUUAUGCAAAGUAAAUUGUAAUUGGUAUGUUUUACUUGAUGCAGCAUCUUUUGUACCGUCAAAUAAUUUAGACUUGUCCCAGACGCAACCAGAUUUUGUAUGUCUGUCAUUUUACAAAAUUUUUGGGUACCCUACUGGAUUGGGUGCACUUUUAAUUAAAAACGCGAGCGGAGAUGUUUUAUGUAGAAAACGAUAUUUUGGUGGUGGAACUGUCGAUAUUGUAUUGAGUAACGAGAACUUUCACGUGAAACGAAAAAUUCUCCAUGAAAGAUUAGAAGAUGGAUCUCUUCCAUUUUUAUCAAUAUUAGCAUUAAAACAUUGCUUUGACACAUUACAUAGGUUAAUUCCUAAAACAAUUAACAAUGAUAUCAUGGACACUAUAGCUUAUCAUACAUAUAAUUUAGCUAAAGAUUUAUAUAAUCAGUUAAAAGAACUUCAUCAUCCAAAUGGAAACAAAGCCGCUAUCCUCUACAUGGAUUCAGAUUUUUUAGAUAUAAAAACACAGGGUGGGAUUGUCACAUUUAAUCUUCUAAGAGAUGAUGGAUCAUACAUUGGUUAUAUGGAGUUCCAAAACAUGGCAGACUUAUUCAACAUUAAUGUGAGAACAGGUUGUUUCUGUAAUUCUGGUUCAUGUCAAAGACAUCUAAAUGUAGCCAACAGAGAAUUGAAGGAAAUGUACAAAGCUGGUCACACGUGUGGUGAUGAAACAGACUUAAUCAAGGGAAAACCGACUGGCGCUAUUAGAAUCUCAUUUGGAUAUUAUAACACGUUUAAUGACGUGGAUAAACUUAUUUUAAUGAUCUGUCGAUGUUUCGUACGUACGAACUUCAAGAUACCAAAGCGUUUAAUGACUUAUCCCACACAAUUUACAGCCGCCUCCAAAUCUAUUAAUAAAUCAUACGAAGAUGAAAUGCUCAACUUAUCAAGUGACAGAGUUUACUUAAACACCAAUUAUCUGUCGUCCGAAGUGACUGAUGAGGGGAACAACAUUGUUCUAGAUGAAAUAGCUAUAUAUCCAGUAAAAUCGUGUGGAGCCUUCAAAAUAAGAACAGCUUGGAAAAUAGGAUCGAAAGGUUUUGAGUUUGAUAGGGAGUGGAUGAUAGUAAGAGAAAAUGGUAUAUGUCUAACACAAAAGCAAAGUACAGAAAUGUGUAUGAUUCAUCCAGAAAUUGAUCUGAAACACAAACUUUUGACUCUAAAUUUUAAAGGUAUGCCUUCAAUAUCCAUAUCACUAAAUCAAGUUACAGAAAAUGUAAACAGUCAUGGAUCAUUGUGCAAUAGUAAAGUUUGCAUGGAUGUAGUAAAAGGCCAUGACUGUGGAGAUGAAGUUGCAGAUUGGGUCUCAAAUGCAUUAGGAAUUUCAUAUCUAAGAUUAAUAAGACAAUCAAACACUGAAAACAGAAUACAGAAGAAAAAUAUUGAAGCCAAUAUUGAAAACUUAACUGACCGUUUUAGAGGAAACUUGAUUAUUGACAUGGAAGACGAAUUAGUUGAAAAGGAAUGGCAAAGGGUAAUAAUAGGAAGUCAUGAGUUUAAGGUGGAAGGAACUUGUCAAAGGUGUCAAAUGGUAUGCAUUGAUCAACAAACAGGAGAGAAAACUGCUGAACCUCUCAGAACUAUUUCGGAGCAAUUUGCAGGAAAAAUGAGAUUUGGCAUAUAUUUAAGUUACAUAGAUCCAGUAAAUGGGGCUAAAGAUAAGUUAUUAAAAGUAAAAUCACAAGUCAAACCCGUAAUAAAUGACGAUAACAUAAGCAGAUGA